AUGUCUCUUGACUGCGUUCACUUCGCGCCACCCACCGAUAUUAAAGCAGAACUCACUGUAACUGGUGAAUAUCUCCUUGUUCAACUGCAGUUUCCAGGAGUUGGGAAGUUGUCACUACCACCACCUCCACAACAGGUGCAUAAGGGGAGUGUUCUUUUUUCCUGCUUUUCUGUGCCUAAGAAGCGCAUUGUUGUUGGUGGAUCCACAUGGAUGAAGUUAAUUGACGAUAAGGCGCCAUUAACAGUUAUGCGUUCAGGUGAAUGGAUUCCUAUACAAAUGGAAAAGAAGUCCGCUAACGGUGAGAUAUGGCUUCGAGUAUUCAGGAGGCGAAUCAGCGUAAUGUUAAUUCCCCCAAAACAGGAGAAGAAUGCGACGCGAGUCAACACAAAGAUGUCGGUUCAAGAGGGGCCUCCAGUCACACGUUACUACUAUUGGGACUCAGGUCGACUUAGCAAGGCUUUAAAUCCGCAUAGGAGCGAGAUUUGUGUUGACCAUGACCAUAUUUCCCUUCGCUUGGCAUGUAAUGCCGAAUUAUGGACAGAGGAGGAUGUAAAUGAGCUUCAGAAAGCCUUCUCGAAAGAAGCCGAAGUAGAACCAAAAGCGGCUCCCGAUGUUCAAUUAAAGCAUGAUCCAGUUUCUGAAACUACCGCUAAUUUGGCAUCUUUCAGCCAAGAAUGCAGACAACUUAAGUGCCCAGGGGGCGAUACAAAUCCAUGUAGACAAAAUGUAGCUUUGGCACUACCAGUCACUGAGGAAAGGCAGUUGGAAGGAGUAAAUGACACGACAGAAGCUAUGGAAAAAGUGGAAUUACUAGAAGAAGAUCCUAUGAUAAGCAAAAAAGAAAUAACGAAAGCAAUCCCAAGUGAACGCACAUCAUAUAUUGAUACAGAAACUCACACAGUAGAGCGACAUGAUUCAAUUAUCAUGGGUCAAAACAAAGGUUUGCCGGAGACAACCUCAAUUAAAGUAGAACUGGAUAGAGGUUGCAGGGAGUUACAGAGGUCAAAUACAGAAGUGGAAGGGAAGGAUGAAGUCGAGAAGGAAAGGAGCGCUAAAAUGGCAGAAGAUUCACGACGCAUCGAUAGAUCAACUAGUUGUACAGACCUCUGCAAAGUAGAAGAUGCUGCUACUGACACCACCACAGAAAGGGGAAAAAUGUAUGGCGACCCUGUUGAUGGUGAGCGCUGCCACUACUGUUUGGGUGUGCGGGAGCAAGUUGGAAAAGCAGAGUUUUGUGCACUACAGGCGCGUGUCGAAGCCAUGGACAAGGAGGAAUGGGGUCGAGUUCUCGAUAUUAUUAUCGGCAAGAGUGGUGACAGGAGGAGAGUUGUCACUCAUCCGCAACCUCCCAUUCGUGUUCGCAAAGUUGAAGCCAAGGUUGAGAACAAAAGAAAAUAA